UCGGCACAUUCACGGCGAGCUCAUAAUGCCGAGAAGACUGAAAUUUCAUAGUUUAGUGCCUUAUAUCGCCGUCAUCGUCAUAUUAUAUAUGUGUUUUCUCAUUGGUAUUCAACUAGGACAAGCCAAUUCCAUGCUAUGGAGAAGGAGUGUGUCGCAGUACGUCAGCAGUCGUGAUUUUGAAGACCCACUUUGUAAGAACGGUGUGCUCGGUUGCAUUUCCAACAAAAACACAGGCAAAAAAACAACAAUAACUGACAUUGUCGAUGCUGUGAAGGAACUUGUUGCCACUGUGGAGCACGAAUUAUGCCGAGAACAGUUUGAGAGUCCUACAUCGUGCGAAGCAGUUAAAAAAGUGGUAUUCAUAAAGACGCACAAAACCGGAAGUACUACCGCUGCUUCAAUUAUAGAAAGAUUCGGAUACUCGCACAAUCUAUCUUUCGUUGUCCCACCAGAUAGAAAAUACGGUCCACACAUUCUAUCAAGUACGCAUCAUUUUACGAGAAGCAUGUUGAAAUAUUCGCCUCCGCCUCUGAAUGGCGGGAAGUACUACGAUAUGCUGACCAAUCACGUGCGGUACAAUCGUCGCGAAAUGAAUGAUGUCAUUCCCAAUGCUACUUACGUCACAAUAUUACGUCACCCUGCAAAGCAGUUCGAGUCAGCGUUCGCGUAUUUUUUGUGGAAUCGGGAAAUCGUGAAAGUAAAUGGCGUAGUGGAUGACCCAAUCGCAACUUUCAUGGAAUACCCAGGGAUAUAUCUUGAAAAGAAAUUCUUCUUUUGGUGGCAAGCGCACAAUGGACAACUUUUUGACCUCGGUUUGCAAACAGAGGAAACCGAUGAUUAUGACACGGUAAAUAGAAAGAUUGAAACUUUGAGCGCGGAAUUAGAUGUUGUUCUUAUCGCAGAUUAUUUUGAUGAGUCCUUGAUUGUACUGAGGAAAAAAAUGUGUUGGACUUUGCAUGACAUUCUAUAUAUUCCGAACGGAAUAAGGAGACAGAAAUACCGCAGGGAAGUGUCUGAUGAAACGCGUGCCGAAAUACUGGAAUGGAAUCGUUCCGACGUGAAACUGUACGAACAUUUCAACAGGACGUUGUGGAAAAAUGUAGCCGAAUAUGGCCCAUGUUUUGAAAGGGAUUUAAAUCAUUUCCGGGAACAGCGUCAGAAAGUUAUGGAAGAGUGCAUUGACCCAUCACGUGUUAGCCGUAAAGACCCACGGGAAAACCGAUAUGUACUGAAAAAUAACGCAUCCGAGUUGUGUGUGAACUUAUGGCGCGGUGACGUGACAUUUACAGACAUCAUAAGAAAAAAACAAAUAGCGAGAUUGGUUUAUCCACAACGAACAGAUUACAGGUCUAAUAUGUGA